UGAAUGUAAUAACAAAUUGUUAUUGUAUUGUAUUUUCAAAGAUAAACAUUAGUUUUGUGGCCAUAAAGUGAUCACCGAAUUGGUUCCCGACACCGGCCUAUGUCUGGCCCAACACUGACCACAACACACGUGUGAUAAUCGGUGCCACCAAUUGACACAUCCAUCCACUCGUGUCAUGACAUCAACCAAUUUAGUGAUCAAACAAUUGCAGGAGAAGUCACAGAAACGCCGCAAACUCUUAGCCCAACAGUUAGGCGUCGGAGAUGUGGACUCAUUGGCCACUGUCUUGGGCUAUGAAAAGGAGAGAUCAGCCACUGUUGGCGCUCAUCACAGCGGAGGCGCCGCCACCGCCGCCGCCGGCGGCUCAUCCACUGACCAACACGUGACCAAUCGGGCCAACGAUGACGUGAACGGUUCCGGUGGCGGUUCUUCAGCCACUGGUGGCGCCGAUUGCGCCGAAGAUCGGUCUGACAAAAGUGGCGCCAAAGACACGGCCGACGAUUGCGAUUCGUCUAAACGGCCGAAAACGGACGCAAACGACGAGCCGAUCGAUGGCACGGAACCGAUGGCCACUUACACCGAUUCGAGCACUUUUUUAAAGGGCACUCAAUCGGCGAAUCCGCACAACGACUACUGCCAGCACUUCGUAGACAUCGGUCAACGGCCGCAGAACUUCAUCCGCGACGUCGGCCUCACCGACCGUUUCGAGGAAUACCCGAAACUCAAAGAACUGAUUCGACUGAAGGACGAGCUGAUCGCCCAAACGGCCACUCCUCCCAUGUAUCUCAAGUGUGACUUAAGACAAUUCGACUUAAAGGACAUUCGGUGUAAGUUUGACGUGAUUCUCAUCGAACCCCCUCUGGAAGAGUAUCAGCGGUCACACGGCGUGACGAACAUGAAGUUCGCCAACUGGUCCGAAGUGAUGUCUUUGCCCAUCGAAGACGUGGCCGCCCAGCGGUCGUUCGUGUUCUUGUGGUGCGGUUCCAGCGAUGGCCUCGAUCUCGGCCGCCAGUGUCUGCGGAAGUGGGGCUUCAGGCGAUGCGAAGACAUUUGUUGGAUUAAGACCAAUAUCAACACUCCGGGACACUCCAAGAACUUGGAACAGAACGCGCUCUUUCAGCGCACGAAAGAGCACUGUUUGAUGGGUAUUAAGGGAACCGUUCGCCGGAGUACUGACGGCGACUUCAUUCACGCCAAUGUCGACAUCGAUCUGAUUAUCAGCGAAGAGUUCGAAUACGGAUCCAUUCAAAAGCCCGAAGAGAUAUUCCACAUCAUAGAGCACUUCUGUUUGGGUCGCCGACGGCUGCAUGUAUUCGGCCGCGACUCCACUAUAAGGCCCGGUUGGCUGACCGUCGGUCCCGGCCUUACGAACAGUAACUUCAAUAGCGAAACGUAUUGCAGUUAUUUCAACGCCAAUCCCAACGACUUUCUCACCGGUUGUACGGAUCGGAUCGAGUCCUUGCGGCCGAAGUCACCGCCGCCUAAGACUAAAGGCCAGAAUAAUCAGCGCUCUGGCGGUCGCGGCGGAGGCGCUGGUGGCAGAGGUGGCGCCCGACGCGGCGGUCAGAGAUGAGACAAUUGUUGCUUUAGUUUACAAUCAAAUUCAUUGAUAAUUAUUGUUUUGUUGUGUUUUUUGUAUUGUUUUCUCCCAUUCAUUGAAUUCACAAUUAAUUUAAAGAUUUAUUUUUAUGUAAUUUUUUGAAAUGAAUGGACACUAGAAUUGAGUUAAUCAUAAAGAUUUUUCUAGAAUUUCUC